GGUCUGGAACGCGGCCGUCUUAAGCGCCUACGCAUUUUCGCGSUGUCAGUUUAGCAGCGACAGGCUACCGCAGUGUCAAAAUUAUUGAUGGCGGACGAAAUAGAUAUAAUGAUUAAUUAUCACGSGGGUUUCGAAAAAAUAGACCGGAAAAACAGCCGUUAUCCUUAUUGUAUCGUUUGGACACCUAUUCCAAUACUGUCGUGGUUGCUUCCCUUCAUUGGUCACAUGGGGAUCUGUACUUCUGCAGGCGUGAUAAGAGACUUCGCUGGAUCGUACUUAGUGUCUGAAGAUAAUAUGGCCUUUGGAAGACCAACAAAGUACUGGAAGCUUGAUGUUGAUAAGGUGUGUGGCACUGGCUCAUCUGCCUGGGACAAGGCAGUGCAMGAUGCAUCRGAGGAGUACAAAUGCAGGCCGCACAACCUCUGCUGUGAUAACUGCCACUCCCACGUGGCCCUGGCCCUUAACCUCAUGCGUUACGACAACAGAACGUCCUGGAACAUGGUCAACCUUUGCCUGCAGUCCCUUAUCCAUGGCAAGCAUGUCAGCUGUGUGUCGUUCCUMAAGACCUGGCUGCCCUUCCUUAUGUUGACUGGAGCCCUCGUCACCUUCAUCCUAACGCUCAACCUGCGCUGACCACGCAAGGGACACGGGAGAGGGAGAUGGAGUGGAGAGAUAAUACAAGGGAUUUUCCUGCUGCGUUGUCAUCAUCAAAGUGAAAGAAGAAGAAUAAACGUUUCGAUGGAACACUUCUUUGUGCAGUAGUAAUAUUCACACUCAUGAAGGCAGUUAUGUCCAGCUGUUCUGGCAUGUUUUGAAGUUCCUUUUUACUAGAUUCAGAAAGGAAUGUCAUAUCAAUAAAUGUUUGGCUUGGGAUAGUCAUAACCAUAGAUAUAGAA